AUGGUUUCGCAGGUUCCAUUUGAACCUAUGCAUCUCCUGUAUUUAGGAGUAAUGAAAAAGUGUUUUGAAGCAUGGAUCGAUGGCAAAUUUAGCAAACUCUCAAAACUCCCGGUUCAUAGUCUUGAAAUUGCAUCUUCAAGGCUAGAAACAUUAAAACACUAUUGUCCACGUGAUUUUGCUAAACGCCCUAGAGGACUGCGCGAUUAUAAGCGUUUUAAAGCAACUGAGAAUCGUCAAUUCCUUCUCUACACGGGAAUUGUUGUCAUGUAUGGAGUUUUAGAUAAAGAUGUUUAUUUACAUUUUGUUCUUCUUCAUGCAGCUAUUCGCUCUCUCACAUACAAAAGAUCAUCUCAAAAUUUUUACUUUGCACAUCUUGUUCUACGCACAUAUGUUGAGAAAUGUGAAGCUAUUUAUGGGAUGGCAUUUUUUUCGUACAAUAUUCAUGGACUUUUACAUGUUGUGGGGGAUGCAAAACGUUUUGGUUCAUUUGAUGCAUAUUCUGCAUUUCCAUAUGAGAACAACAUGUUAAUUUUUCGGAAAUAUUGCAGAAAGCCUGAUCUUCCUCUUCAACAAAUCGCAAAUAGGCGAGUGGAAAAAAUCAUGCAUGUCAAUCUCGGGUUAUCGACAAUGCAUCUAUUGAAAUUGAAUUUUUGGGCAGACACAAAACAGAGCCUCUUCCUCGUGAAGUUUCUCAUAACAGUUGUCAACAAUUUCAGAGGACAAAAAUUAAUCAAUGGUUAUUCACUCGACAAAUACCAGAUAAUUGUUGUAUCUUACGAGAUGCAAUAA